CAACCUUUUUUUUCAAGAUUCAAUCGAACUGAAGACAAUUAAUUACUUCUUCUUCUUCUUUAUGUUAAAAGAUUAAAUUUUGUCGAGUUUCAAGAUUCGAUCUAUCACUUUUCCAUGGCUAGAGAAAACCCAUUGAUGAGUUUCUCCUUCAGUUUCAGAUACCUCUGUCACUUUUCUCUCCUCCUCUCUCUCUUCUCAUUCGUCUCUUUUCUCUUCAGACACAACACAUCACUCUGUUCUUGUCCUUACGACCACAACCCCAACGCUCACACAUUCGUUGAUCAUCAUCACCAUGACAACGAAACCAUUGAUCUUCUUCCCUUCUCUUCAGCUUGGAACCACCUCACAUUCCCGUCUAAACCAAAGAAGACUCUAAAGAUCGCUGUGGUGGUUAAAAAAUGGCCAAGGAGAUCGCAAGCCGGUGGACUCGAGAGACACGCGCUUACGCUGCACCUAGCGCUAGCCAAACGUGGUCACGAGGUUCAUGUUUUCACCGCUGCUUCUCCGUCGUUCCCUGAAUACCAACUGGAAAAUCUACGGUUUCAUCUCUCUGAACCCACCGCUGCUGGAUAUCUCGAUCAAGCUUCCGUUUCGCAACAGCUUCAGACACAGAACGCGAGUGGAAGACCAUUUGACGUGAUCCACACGGAGAGUGUCGGGCUUCUCCACACAAGAGCCAAGAAUCUCCCAAACGUGGUCGCGUCUUGGCAUGGGAUCGCUUACGAGACUUUUCACUCCGACAUCAUCCAAGAACUCCUCCGUCAAGCAGAUAUCGCCGCCGCCGCCGCUGCUGCCGGAGCCGAAGAAGAACAUCCACCGCCUUCCUCUCCGGCUCUGACGGAGCGAGCGAAACGAGUCGUCGAAGAAGUCAAAUUCUUCCAACGUUACGCUCACCACGUGGCAACUAGCGAUCACUGCGGUGACGUACUCAAGAGGAUCUACAUGAUCCCCGAGGAACGCGUCCACAUCAUCUUAAACGGCGUUGACGAGAGCGUUUUUACACCUGACGUUACGAAACGCGAGAGCUUCAGAGAGAAAUUUAACGUUAGAAGCGGCGGCAAGAACAAAAAAGAUCCUUUGGUUAUUGGAAUUGCGGGGAGGUUAGUGAGAGAUAAAGGUCAUCCUUUGAUGUUCUCAGCUUUGAAACGUGUGUUUGAAGAAAACAAGAAGGCACGUGAAAACGUUGUCGUUUUAGUAGCUGGAGAUGGUCCAUGGGGAAGCAGAUAUAGAAACCUCGGGUCUAAUGUGAUCGUUCUUGGACCAUUGGAUCAAGAAAAGCUAGCGGGAUUCUACAACGCGAUCGAUGUGUUUGUGAACCCGACGCUUCGAGCUCAAGGGCUAGAUCACACUCUCUUGGAAGCCAUGGUUUCAGGGAAACCGGUCUUAGCCACGAAGCUAGCGAGCAUCACUGGUUCAGUAGUCGUCGGUCCACAUUUGGGAUAUACUUUCUCACCGAACGUUGAGUCUCUCGUGGAGGCGAUUUCGCGGGUUGUUAGCGACGGAACAGAGGAAUUGCAGAGGAAAGGCAAUGAAGCGCGUGAACGGUCCUUGAGGCUUUUCACGGCGUCUAAAAUGGCUGAUGCGUAUGAAAGGUUUUUUCUUUGCAUUUCUGAUAAGAGCUUUUGUACAAUACAAGCUUAAAACACUUGAGCUAUAACACUAAUAUAGUCAAAACUAAUCAUGGGUUUGCAUUGUUUGUUUUCAUGUCUAGUUAGUUUCAUAAAGUCUUUGUGUUUGGUAAAAACGCUUUUGAAGGACAUGAGACAGACGAAAAGCAGAGUAGAUACUGAUACAGUUGAUUAGAACAAGUACUAGACAAAUUUUAUUAGGAGAUUUCUUUGAUAUUAUUAUUUAAUCUUUGAAAUCUCCUAAACAACUUUUGUUUUACUGCAUACACUUAUAUUAUACAAAGUCUUGGUUCAGUAGAUAUUAGUACUUGGCUUGAGCUUCAUGGGUUUCUGGAGAGAUUUACAAAGAAACUACCGGAAG